GGGAGCGCCCGCCGCGCGCCGGGAAGUCGGUGCCGCUGCCGUCUCCGCGUUCGCCAUGCGUCCCGGGGCGCCAGGGCCACUCUGGCCUCUGCCCUGGGGGGCCCUUGCUUGGGCCGUGGGCUUCGUGGGCUCCAUGGGCUCGGGGGACCCCGCGCCCGCUGGUGUCUGCUGGCUGCAGCAGGGCCAGGAGGCCACCUGCAGCCUGGUGCUCCAGACUAACAUCACCCGGGCCGAGUGCUGCGCCUCCGGCAACAUUGACACAGCCUGGUCCAACGUCACCCACCCGGGGAACAAGAUCAACCUCCUUGGCUUCUUGGGACUUGUCCACUGCCUCCCCUGCAAAGAGACAGGGGUUCACCACAUUGGCCAGGCUGGUCUCAAACUCCUGACCUCAAGUGAUCUGCCAGCCUUGACCUCCCAAAGUGCUGGGAUUACGGGCGUGUGCCACCGUGCUCGGCCUGUUGGAGAUUCGUGCGACGGGGUGGACUGCGGCCCGGGCAAGGCGUGCCGCCUGCUGGGGGGCCGCCCGCGCUGCGAGUGCACGCCCGACUGCGCGGAGCUCCCGGUGCGCCUGCAGGUCUGCGGCUCGGACGGCGCCACCUACCGAGACCAGUGCGAACUGCGCGCCGCGCGCUGCCGCGGCCACCCGGACCUGCGCCUCAUGUACCCGGGCAGCUGCCGCAAGUCCUGUGAUCGUGUGGUGUGCUCACGGCCGCAGUCGUGCGUCGUGGACCAGACUGGCAGUGCCCACUGCGUGGUGUGUCGGGCGGCACCCUGCCCUGUGCCCGCCAGCCCCGGCCAGGAGCUCUGCGGCAACAACAACGUCACCUACAUCUCCUCGUGCCACCUGCGCCGGGCCACCUGCUUUCUGGGCCGCUCCAUCGGCGUGCGCCACUCAGGCAGCUGCACAGGCACCUUUGCAGGCACCCCUGAGGAGCCCCCAGAUGAUGAAUCGGCGGAGGAGAAAGAGAACUUCGUGUGAGCCUGCAGGACAGGCCUGGGCCUGGCGCCCAAGGCCCCCCACCACCCCCUGUUAUUUAUUGCCACAGCAGAGUCUAAUUUAUAUCCCACAGACACUCCCUAAACCUGGAUUCAGAGCACUUGGGGAUCCCAAAGCCCCCUGACCAUAUCCUGGAAGGAUUGAGGAAUGGAGGCCUGGGGCCGGCUGGUGGGUGGGAUAGACCUGCCUCCUGGGCACUGAGGGCUCAUUUUAGCCCCUACCCUGAGUGCUAUUGCCAGGGAGGACCCCACACUUCUGCUCCUUUGGGGAUAAACCUAUUAAUUGUUGCUACCAUCAGGAGGGCUGGGCAUUCCCUGCUGGUAAUUCCUGAAGAGGUAUGAUUGCUUUUCUUAGCCCCAAGCCUCCUAGAACAGGGGCCUUGGGCUUAGGCCAGGAGGAGCAGAGGAGGUCUAGCCUGGGUGUGAAUGGAUGGUCUAGCCUGGGUGUGUAUGGAUGGACCUCAGAACAUUGUGACCUUACCCAGCAGGAGAGACCCUUCAUGAAGGUCAGGAAGGCUGCCACUGUUCCCUCCUACCAGCCCAUGAACUCCAACCUCCCCACUGCCUCUGUGUGCCCCUUUGCGUACUGUGAAGGCCACUGAGAAAUGCCCAGUGUGCCCCUGGGAAAGGGCACCGCCAGUGCUCGGGAUAUGGGCCACGUUCAGCCACAGAACUGCCCAGCGCCUUCCCCGCUGCGGUCCACAUCAGUUUAUGAGGCGACAUCGCAUAGUCUCAGACGUGGAGCAGCCAGCAGCAGCUCAGAACAGGGCACCGUGUCUGGUGGAGCCCCGUCCACUUUGGGGGGUGUCUCUGGGAGGAACCUCGGGCCCCUGCUCACCCACCUGCCUUGAGGGGGGGUAUAGGCACCAAGACUCACACAUGUGUAGCAUCCCGGAGACCUGGAGCCGGGGGUCCCAGUAGCACCCCCGGGUGCCUGCUGCCUCCACAUCAGCAUUCACACACAGGACUCCCGUGUCCCCGCACAGCCCGCCUGGCCAGGCCUGCAGACCCAGGCUCCAGCCAGACCCACCUCACCCAUCAGCAUAGCUGGACCCGCCUCACCACACCAGCCAGGUGCUGGUCAUGGGCCAGCUCCUCCUCGGCAUGGGCUGACGCUCAGAAUCCCCCGCCCGUGCCUGUUUGUAGAUCAGAACCUCAAACCAGCUAUGGGGAGGGGACGACAUGGAGGAAAUGCCGCUCCCCCUUUGGGGUGAGGGGAGCUUACUCAUCCUCCUACAGCCCCCCCUAGGCAGUGCCUUACCUGUGGUACCCAGAAAAGUGCCCCUGGGCUGGGGGGGUCUAUGGGAGCCUCCGACCAGGCUGCCCUCCCCACCCUGGGGUCCGGCCUCACCAAAGAAAUAAAGACUCAAAGAAACCA